UCUGUUUUGGUUUCCUGAACCUUCGGCUGCCUUCAUCAGCUGACAGUCUCUGUUAGCUUUUAAAACAUCAGGAUAUUUCAGUCAUGGCCUUCAAUCCUGGUCCCCGGCGCUGUGGCAGCCUGAGUCCUGAGGGGAUCCUGAGGGAGAUCCAGAUCAAUUUGCUGGAGUGUAAAGUUUGCUUUGAGAAGUUCUGCACUCAGCAGAGGGAGCGCAGACCACAGAACCUUUCCUGUGGCCAUGUACUCUGUCUGGAAUGUAUCACAGCUCUGUCCCACCCUCUCCUGAGGAAGCUGGAGUGCCCGUUCUGUCGACAGCUGUGCAGCGUUGACAGUAUCUCCCACUGCCAGGUUCUUAGUGACCUCCAGGAGCUGCUGUUGUCUUGGAGUCCCAUAUCCUCUGUUCCUCUUCACAGAGCAAAAGGAGCCUCUGACUUGGCUGCAGGUCUGACAUCAACAGCUCUGCACCUCUACACAGCUUUUGGCGGUUGGGGGACUCUAAUCAACCCCACUGGGAUAGCUGUUUUAGGGUCCUCAGGGACAAUAGUGGUGGUGCAUGAUGGUGAGAAGAGGGUGUUGGUGUUCAGCCCACAAGGCAGGAAGCUGCACAGUUUUGGGCGAAGAGGACAAGCCAGUGGAGAGAUCUGUUACCCCUUGGAUGUGGCGGUGACUCCUAGUGGUUACGUGGUGGUGACUGAUGCAGGGGAUAAAGCUGUGAAGGUUUUCACCUCCAGAGGGAACCACGUGUUGACAGUCAAGGAUUCCUUCCAGAUGCCCUGGGGUGUGGACAUAGACAGCUGUGGGCACAUCCUGGUCUCAGACACCCAGGCUGGCUCACUGUUUCAUUUAAACGUGGACUAUAGUCAUGGUGUUACUAUGAAGCAUCAGGCGUCCAUUUCAGACCUCCAGCAUCCAAAAGCAGUGGUCUGCUGUCGAGUGACUGGGAACAUUGCAGUGAUGGAGCACUUAACUGAUGACACACAUCCACCAAAGAGGCACCAACACACAAGGCUGAAAGUGUUCAACAAAGACUUCCACCUCCUUUAUCAGACAGACAGUUUCAGCCUCAACCUGCAGUCCACGGUGAGGCUGAACAUGUCAGGUGUGGUGUUUGACAAAGAUGGAGAUUUGAUUGUGACUGACUCUCAACAGGGGAUGAUUUGGAGUUUAGGGAAGCUCCAGAAUGGCCCAGUCCUGACUCCUCUUGUGGGACACCACCUUAUCCGCCCGGUUGGACUGGUGUCACUGAACAACAUGCUCAUAAUUCUGGACAGCGGAGACCACACAGUAAAGAUUUAUUCUGCUAAAUCUGAUGCUGGACCCAUGAUAUAGCUCAUAUAUGAACAGGCCUAGAGUAGCCUAUGUGAAAUGUAGCUCACCAUAUUAUAAAGUGACGAGGUGACCUUGCAAUACUGUUUAUAAAUACAAGUAAAGUUCUAUGUUGAAAAACAUGUUUACAUUGAAAAUGAAAAAUGAG